ACUGCAGUUGCAAGCAAGCUAUCGUUCGCCACCAUGGUGCAGUGGUCAGCUGAAGAGAAGCAGCUCAUUACCAGCAUUUGGGGCAAGGUCAAGGUGGAGGAAUGCGGUGGGGAAGCCUUGGCCAGGCUGCUCAUCGUCUACCCCUGGACCCAGAGGUUCUUCUCCAACUUCGGGAACCUCUCCAGCCCCACCGCUAUCACUGGAAACCCAAAGGUGCGUGCCCAUGGCAAGAAGGUGCUCACCUCCUUCGGGGACGCUGUGAAGAACCUGGACAACGUCAAGGGCACGUUUGCCAAGCUGAGCGAGCUGCACUGUGACAAGCUGCACGUGGACCCCGAAAACUUCCGGCUCCUGGGAGACAUCCUCAUCAUCAUAUUGGCAGCUCACUUUGCCAGGGAUUUCACCCCCGCUUGCCAUGCCGCUUGGCAGAAGCUGGUAGGGGUGGUGGCUCAUGCACUGACUCGCAAAUACCACUAAGGCAGCGGGUGAUGAAGAGAUCCUGCUUCCUUCCAGGUCUGCUACAGGCCUGGAGAUGCCUUCUGGGUAUUUAUGGGCUGUAACAGUCAAAUAAAAACC